UUGAGGCCAAGAAAUAAUAGACGUUUUGAAGCUAACCUUGUUGAAUUGUCAUUGCCUCGGACAUAUGAUGAAGCCAUACAAAGUCCACAGAAAAAUGAAUGGUCUCAAGCCAUUAGGGAAGAAUUAUCUGCACAUGAAGAGAACAACACAUGGAGUGCGGUAACAAGAGCUGGUCAGCGGACCCUUACUACCAAGUGGGUCUUCGCAAUCAAGAAGAAUGAAGAUAAUCAGACACGGUACAAGGCUUGUCGGUGUGCACGAGGGUUUACUCAGAUUAAAGAUGUGGACUACCAAGAAAUAUUUUCUCCAACUACUAGGUAUGACUCUAUAAGAAUUAUUCUUUCUAUUGCAGCAAAGUAUAAGUUAGAAAUUCAACAGUUUGAUGUAAAGACUGCCUUUCUUAAUGGUUAUCUUGAGGAAAAUAUUUUUAUAGAAGUGCCUGAGGGUGUAAUUUUAGAUAAAAGUUAUGUGUUAAAAUUAAAUAAAUCUUUAUAUGGUUUGAAACAGGCCUCUCGUUGUUGGAACAAAAGGUUCACUGAGUUUUUAAUGAAAUAUGGUUUUGUACAAUCUCAGGCUGGUAAUUGUAUUUUUAUAGGGGUUUUCAAUAAGAUAAAAGUAAUUUUAAUUAUUUAUGUUGAUGAUGCCCUUGUAAUAUCUUCUAGUAAACAACUGAUCCAAGAAAUUAUAGAAUUUUUGAAACAAGCUUUUAAAAUAAAAGUGAUGCCAUUGAGAUAUUUUGUUGGUAUGGAAAUUGAGAGAAUAAAUAAUUGUAUCCAUAUUCACCAAAGAGAUUAUAUAGAACAAAUUAUUGAGAGAUUUUGUAUGACAAAUGCAACUCCAACUAGUACUCCAGCAGAUGUCAAUGUAAUUAUGACAAAGAAUGAGGAUGAAAACAUUAUUAAUUUUCCAUAUAGGGAACUUAUUGGUUCUUUAUUAUUUUUGUGUUCUGUUUCUAGACCUGACAUAUCAUUUGCUGUGAAUGUAUUAAGUAAAUUAAGUUACUCUGAUUCUGAUUAUGCAAGUGAUGUCGAUACACGUAAGUCAACAACAGGCUAUAUUUUUAUGAUGAACGGUGGACCAAUUACUUGGUCCAGCCAAAAACAAAAGACCAUUGCUCUCUCCACUACUGAGGCAGAAUUUGUAGCUGCAUGUGAAGCAGCAAAAGAAAUGAUAUGGCUGCGGCAAUUAAUGUUAGAUUUAGGUGAAAAUUGUAAAUGUGUAACUAUGUUUAUUGAUAAUCAAAGUGCGAUAAAACUAAUAAAUAAUCCUGUUUAUCAUAAAAGAACGAAGCACAUAGAUGUUAAAUACUAUUUUAUUAGAGAAAAAGUUGAGUUGGGCAUGAUUAAAAUUAAUUAUGUUCCUAGUAAAAAUCAAUUUGCAGAUAUAUUGACUAAGGCAUUGUCCACUCAAACUUUUACUUAUAUAAGGGAUCAGAUAAUUAGUUAA